AUGUCGUCGCAUCAUGAUGCUAGCAAGCCUAGUGCUAGAAUCGAGAAAAUCAAGAGUGGUGUUACUUCACCAUAUAAAUUCAGAGACUACGACUUGCAGGUCCUGAAUAACUGCACAGUAGAACUGGAUGUGGCAACCUUAGAUGAUUUAUUUCGCGACUAUUUCUCAAAUGAUUCUCAUGAUUCUCAUGAAAAGGAAUGGGCCUAUUGGCGAAUAACAGAAGAGAGGAAUAGAAAUGGAAGAACCAACUUUUCCAUUUCAAGAUAUCAUCCUACUUGUAAGAAAAUGCCGUACCACACGUCGAGCAACAAGAAAGUUUGGAUUACCAAUUAUGCCGGCGACCAAAAUUACCAAACGGUACGUGAUCGACUUGAAAGUGACAGUACAUUCAACGCAUUUGUAGAGAACGAAAGCCACUGGAAACUUGAUUGGGACAAGGAGAAGCGUCAGCUUACCCUUGAGGAAAUGAUUAGUGGCAAACCAAAGGGAAGAGAACACUCCCGAUCCCGCUCCCGCUACAAGAGACCGGAGAGCGAGACUGUCAAUGAAGAUUCAAGUAGCACUUCUGGCGACGAUAGCUUGGGGAUGAGGAAAAUUCGCUCGCAUAGAUCAAUGCCAAGUCCUUUUCCUGGCUAUACACAUUCACUUGUCGAAAGCCAAAAUUCGGAGAUGAAGUGGAGUGGUAGACCCGAACCGAUCAGUCCUUUGUCUUUGUCCAUAGGUAUUCACAAACAGGAUCGAACUGUUCCAUACUACGGAUAUUACCUGACAAAUAGUACACGAUUUGGUCUAUGGUGGGAUGAAAUAGUCGAUAUAUUACUCUCCAAAAAAAUCAUCAAACCCCCCAGCGCAAAAGGACCGAAGGAGAGAGGCAGACUCAUCGAGGAAGGCAAAAUGAUAAUGAUUCAAUUUGGUCCUGGCUCAGUUAACUCCGAAGCAGGUAUGAAAUAUUCUGUAUCAAAAAUCUCCAAUCUAUGUGAUGCAGUUCGUGGAACUCCAAAAGAUUCAUGUACCCAUGAAAGAUACAGGGUCAAGACUUAUUCGCUUCUGGAAUACAAAAACGGUACUAUGGUCGACGAACAAUACCCCUCGAUAUCUAUUCGUAAUAGACUUAGGAAUAAAGUCGCAUAUAAGAGUGUCCUAAGCGGACUUGGCAAAUUACUAAAAGAACCAGGUGGAAACGUCAUCUUGGCCAAAAACAAAGGUGAAAUAUGGAAACUCAUACAGAAAAGUGAUGGAACCUAUCUCUCAAAAUCGAACGCGCUACGACUCCGCAUAACAAUACAUCCACUUGCAAGGCGUCAAUCGGACACUUCGUCAAGCGGACAUUAUUCUUCUAGCGACGAAUCACAAAGAAGUAGAAGGCCCGACUCAUACUCUGCUCAUAGAAGUUCUCCUAGUGUUAGCCGUCGUGACAGCAGUAACCCGGACAGAGCACCAGCGAAAACGGAACUUCGACCCUCUCGUGCCAGAAGUUUCGCACACUCGGCACGCGAGGGAAGUUUCGCACUCUCAGCACACGAGGGACGUAUCAGAAACCUCCCCGACUACAACGAAAGUCGCGAACCACACAGAGCUGCCACCUCACGCCCGAGCUCCGGCGUGGAGUCAGAUGUCGUGCGACAAGAUAUUUCUUUUUUCCAUCCUCCAACAGCCGGUCAUGGGAGUGUAGCCUCAAGCACACAUUCAAAUUCACACGCACAAACACACACAGCAGAGCUGAAAGAAAGAGAUCGCAAACCCUCAAAAUUUAAGGUGGCGAGUUUUUUUGGCAACAGACGGGAGAAAAAGCACGAGCGGAAAGAGGAAAAGCUGGCGAAGAAAAAGAGGAAGGAUGAAGAGCGGGAAGAGAAAAGGGAACCGUGGAUGGAAAGAAGGCUGAUGAGGAAUAGAGGAGAUUAUUCGGAUCGGGAAUGGAAUGAUGGGCGUGGAGAGAGGGCGAGGGAAUCCUCGUCUAAGAGGAAGUUGAAGAUUGAGUUCUCUUAUCAGGGGCGUGGGAGAAGAUAGAGGGAAAGUAGUGUAUGAGUAUUUUGAAGAGGUUUGCUUUGCUUAUCUUUGUUGUUAAUGUUGUUGUUGUCAUUUUAACUUCCACUUUUUUUUUUGAGAUUUAGCGCAGUCUUUGGAAUUUUGUGGUUAUUUUAUCUGUUCCUGUUCUAUAAAUAUAUAAUUCCCCUCAUACUCAAUCUUUUCUAUUCUUUCUACAUUAGUAUACAAGUAUAUAAGUA